AUGGAAUGCACGGCCCGACACUCAGUACCAAAAAUCCAAGCACACGACCGAGGCAUAUGCUCGGACAGGACACUGCACGCUUACCUCCCCCGCAAAUUCUUUACAGCCCGCCCUACCUCCAAAGAGCCGGAACCCAGCGAUGAGGCGGCGCGGCGCGAGAAGGAGGCUGCGGACAGGAGGGCGGAGGAGGAGAAGGCGAGGCGGCGCGCAAAGGCGGUGGAGGCAACGGCGGCCAAGAAGGAGGCCAAGGCGAAGAACAAUAAGGCCAAGAAGGCGCCGUCCGCCUUGAAGCUCGAGGAGGAGCGGAGGGCGCGGGCUGCGGCAGAGCUGCGAGAGCAGGAGGAGAAGGCGGCGCGGCUGGCUGCUGAGCAGGAGGCGGCGAGGCGGGCGGAGCGAGAGGCGGCAGAGCUAGCGGGUGCGGCAGAGCAGGCGGCGCUGCGCGAGGAUGCGGAGCUGGCAGAGGCGUUGCGCCGGUCAGAGGUGGAUGCGGAGGAGGAGGCGCUGGCGCGUCGGGUGUCGCGGUGCGAGGAGGCGGUGAGCAGCGAGUCGGCCGGCGGCGGCGGGGACUUGCCGCGGCGUGUCGAGCGGCUGGAGGCGAGCCUCGGCACGGCGACCGAGGGCAGCCUCGAGGAGCGGGUCGGCGCCAUCGAGCGCUUGAUCGGGCCAGAGGCGGGCGAGGCGGAGCAGCAUCUGCCAGUCACCGAGCCGCUCGCUGCCGUCUCACUAGCGGACGCCGGCCUCGACACGGGGCGGCCGGCUGCCCCCGAGUCCACGAUGGGGGGCGAGACCACGUGCAUCGUGUGUUUCGCGAGAGUCAAGUCGCAUGCUGCGGUUCCGUGCGGGCACUUGUGCGCUUGCGGGCCAUGCUCUGAGCUGAUGCGAGAGUGCCCUUACUGCCGCGAGCCAGUGAUGAUGUGGAUGGUUCCGCGUCCGGUCUAG